UCAUGUUGCAACGUUAUUUGCCACAGUCGUGAUCAAACUUGAACUUAUCUUUGUACUAUUAGAGAUGGGAUUACAGCACGCCUUGUCAAUUUUAUUGCUAAUAAACAUCUUUAAUGCCUAUGGGAAGUUAACAGGAGAUCAUAUAUGCCUAACAGAAAAGCUGUAUUUAGCUAAUGUAACAGAGACUUAUUUGAAAAAUGUAAUUCUGAGAAACUACAAAUGGUGUCUAAAUUUUCCACCAAGAUGUUCGUUUUACACCAAUAAGCAGAUUUCUGCUACCAGAGUCGUGACACCUGUUGCUUAA